AUGGAAAAUGGAGAUGAAAAACGUGGUGUGUUUCAUAUUACAUUAUUUAAUUUUGUGAAUUUUAUGUGUAGUGUUUUAGGAAUUCAUAUUUUAACAUCUUUAUUUGUCCUAUUCCUUAUUGUAUCAACUGCAAAUUCUGGUCAUAAAAAAGUUGUUAUCCAUAUACCAUAUACAGUAAAAAAUGUAAAACACACUCAUACCAUUUAUAAAACUAUACAUCAUAAAAAAGGCGAUGGCAAACAUGAGCAUCAUCAUCAUCACCAUCAUCAUCAUCAUCAUGUCGAUGAUCAUCAUGGACAUAAAUCAUCAUCGACAUCAAGUCAUAAAGAGAAAUUAACAAGUAGUCAUCCCUAUCAUAGACGUAGACGAUAA